GUCAAAACAUUGUCGUGUCUCCGUUAUUACACACACAUAUACACACACACUCACCAGAAAACACUUGAUUCCAUUUUUUGCAGGUUUAUUGGCCGAAGCAUUCAGCUCAAAAAUUCAACUAUUAUAUUAAGAGGGUCAUGUUAAACUGUGCCUAAGAUAGAAACUGUCUUAUCUUGUUGACAAGCUCUACUCAAUUUUUUUCAUCAAGAUUUAAGGGGCAUUUAAUGGGGAAGCGUCGUUUUAGAAAUAGAAUCAAGUCCAUGGUUGGAGGUCUCAUUGACAUCGACAAAGAUGAGGAACUUAAAGGGAGCAAUAUAGAAACGGAGGACAAUUACAAGAAGAUUAUAGAGCUUGUGAAUGAGGAUGAUCAACAAGAUAAGAACAAACUUGUUGGAUUGCUUGAGGAAUUCCACAAUCGUUACCAAUCAAUUUAUGAGCGUUAUGAUAAUAUAACUGGCAAACUGAAAGAGAAAGUCCGUUCAAAGAAAGAAAAAGAAAAAGAUUCUUCUUCCUCGUCAAGUUCUGAUUCAGAUGAUUCUUCUAAUAAAAAUGGAAGCAAAAACGGGAAGUUGGAAAACCAGAUUGAUAUGGUGACAGACAGCCUCAAGGAAGAGCUUCAAGCAGCUAAUAUAGAGAUUGACGAGUUAAAGAGAAAGUUAAAAGUUGAAACAGAAGAAAAGAUAGUAUUAAAGUCACAAGUAACAGAAACAGAAGAAAUGUUUAACGAGUUGAAACUCCAAUCUGAUGGAUUGCAUGAAGAAAACUCCAAACUUUUGGCUGAAAAUAGAGAUCUCAGUUUGAAACUUGAGAACUUCACAGUGGUUGAAAGUGAACUGUAUCGGAAAAUAGAAGAUAUCAAUAGAGAAAACACCGGUUUGAUAAUGGAGAAAGAAACAGCCCUGACUACUAUCGAAGAACUAAGAGCCAUUAUUGUUGAAUUGAAAGGAGAAAAGAAGGAUCUCGAGUCAGAAUUAGUAGGCUUGAAAUGUGAAUUCAGUGAAAUGAAAGACAAAUUGCAAACAACAGAAGAGGAGAUAUCGAUUCUGUUUCAAAAAUUGGAAAAUGCUGAGUUGGAGAACAAAACUCUCUCUGUUGAAUGUAGCCAAUUAAGAGAACAGUUAGCUGAGAAAGAAAAUGAGCUUUCAAUGCAGACGGAAAUGAAUGAAUCUUUCAAGAACGAAGCUGAAAGUAAAAUGAGUGGUAUCAGGGAAGAACUCGAGUCUUUACGAUUCCAAAAAACAGAAAUUGAAAAGCAGAAAGAAGAUGAAAUAUUGGCUCUCCAAGAGAAUCUCAACAAUCUGCAAAGGGAAUUGGAAUCUUUACACAUUCAGGUGAAUGAUAAGCAACUAGAAUUAGAAUCCAUAAUCAUCCAAAAACUAGAAUCCGAAAAUCUGAUCAAGUGUUUGAAAGAGGAGAUCACAAAUAUGAACAGUGAUCAAGAAAGAUUACUGGGGGAAAAGGAAAUACACAGGUCCUUGAUCAAAGAACUUGAGAAUAAAAUUGAAGAAAUGUCAAAUGAAAUCCAAAGUGGUCACCAGUCGAAAGAACAGAUUGUUGAUCAGCUGGAAGAAACCAUAGAAGACCUCAAAAGUGAUCUUGAAAUGAGAGGAGAUGAAAUAAACACGUUGACUGAAACAGUCCGAAAUCUGGAGGUCAAAAUCAGGCUAGCAAACCAGAAGCUUCGUGUAACUGAACAGAUGUUAAACGAGACCGAACACGAUCACGCAACCAAAGAAGAAAAACUGCAUCAAGAAAACAAAACUUUAAUGGACAAAAUGUCUACAUUGUCCCAAACGAUCACCGCCAUCAAACAAGAGGUCCAAGAAAAAGUCCACGAGACCUUGACUGGCAUUGACUCGCUCAAUGUAAAGUUUGAAGAGGAUUACGGACACUUGACAACACGUGUUUAUGAAAUCAGAAAUGAAAUCCAAGCCGCACAGAUUCAGGUCAAGCAUAUGAACGAAGAUACAAAACAAAAAACUGAAGAAAUGGUGACGAAGUUAAAAGUUUCUGCAGGGGAGAAUGCCAGUUUGAUGAAAUCAUUGGAGAACAUGAAGAUUGGAAUUGUGAAAAAGGAUGAAAAGAUUGGAGAGCUAGAGAACACAAUCCUUAUGAAAGAAGAAUGGAUAUCAGGUUUUGGAGAGGAUAAACGGGAGGCUAUAAAGCAGCUGUGCAUAUGGGCUGAUUAUCACCGUGAUCGUUAUGAUCAUCUUCAAGAGCUACUUUUGAAGACAACUCCGGGUUCAAGAAGGCAGACAGUGAGUUAAGCUGAUAUAGAUACAUAUCAUCAAUCUUUACAAAAUGACACGCCUGUUUACGAACUAUUGAUGUUCUUAAACACGUGUCAAAGAGUAACUGGUACCAUUUUUAUGAAACAGAUAUAUUGAAUAGCUUUGCCUAUUUUGUGAUUUUGAGUUUUCGGACUGUUUGGAGUGUUGGUUAAGUUGUAUGUUUUGGCAUAACAAAUUGGAGUAGACAGGUGUGUAUAACAGUGAAAGCUUCACUGUCAUUUAAUAAUAUUUGAUUUCUUCAUUAA